AUGGACAACCAAAUCGGAAGUUCGGUGGUAACAGAGAAUGUAAGUCAAAACCAACCAUUAAUUAUUACAGGGUUCUUAGGUAUGAUUCCCAUGUUUUCGGGAACUCAGAAUGAUAAUAUAAAUAUAAAACAAUUCUUCAAUACCAUCGAAAAUAUUGCCUGUUUAGCAGGGUGGGGCAAUAAUGUUAAAGUUGCUGUGUUGCAAGCGAAAUUGAAAGGUGAGCCCCUAACUACGUUUAUGUGCCUCCUGGAACAAUAUCCCGGGUCAUAUGAUGAAAUAAAACGGGAUUUAAUUAAAUGUUUUAGUAAAAAAGAGGACAGUGGCAAAAUUAUAGUUGACCAACUCUUAAACAUAAGACAGAGGAAUGGUGAAUCUGUGACUGAUUUUUCGGUUCGGACGAAGACGUUAUUAGCCAGGGCAGUUAAAGGGAAUAAUAAGUUAAGCAUGUUCCGUGAUGAUAUAAUUAUGGAGCGUUUUAUACAAGGCCUAAGAGGUAACAUAAGGGGGAAUGUCUUACGGAGAGCCCCAAAAACGUUAGAAGAAGCUUUCGACAUAGCUGAACGCGAAGAGAAUAUAGAGAAGUAUAGCGAUAGUCGUUUUGAACACAAGGGAGUAAAUAUGGGAGUCAAGGAGGAAGUUAAUGAGAUGAUAGGGAAGUGUGAAGGUAUAGAAACUCAAAAGGAGAAGAUAGAUGAAAGGAUGUCAGGGUUAGAGAAGAAACUCGAUACACUAGUCGAGGCAGUUAGUAUGCUUUUGAGUAAAGAGGAUAAGGAGAGGAAGGUUACUGAUAGGAAAUGUUACACGUGUGGUAAGGAAGGCCAUUUUGCGCGGAAUUGCCCAGAUCGUAGGGAUAGACCGUUAAACUAA